AUGAUUCUUACACAGAGGGCAUUCUGGAUUGAUAUUAGGAACAACUGCAUUUUUAAAGACAUCGAUCCACACCCAGUUAAAGUGCUAAAUGUGGCUGGUCGCAUUGGGCUAGAUUAUUGGAAAAUUAACUCUUGUCCUCCUAAAAAAUCUACUGGAAAGGUUAACAUCAAGUGGGAACCACCGCCGUUGGACUGGAUUAAAGUGAAUUUUGAUGGUUCGGUGUGUGGGAAUCUGGCUGCUACUGGUUUUGUGAUUCGUGACUGGAAUGGUAAUGUUCUUUUAGCUAGCGCUAAAAACUCUGGUCAAGUUUCUAUUACAGUUGCAGAGUGUUUGGCUCUUCGGGAUGGUCUAGCGCAUGCUAUUCAUAAGGGUUGGCGAAAGAUUCUUGUGGAAGGUGACUUAAAGCUUAUCAUUGAUUGUGUUAAUAAUCUGGUUUCGGUUCCCUGGAGCAUAAGUAUCCUUGUGCAAGACAUUCGGUUGCUCAGUUCUUAUUGCGAAGAGAUUUCUUUUAAGCACAUUUUUCGAGAGUCUAACUUUACUGCUGAUGCUGUUGCUAGCUUAGGCCAUAGUCUUACUCCCUCCCUAGGGGUCUACCGUUAA